AUGUUCUCCUAUGGACGUUGUUAUGAAUAUUAUAUUCGGUAUAUUCGUUAUUUACUCAAAUCUAUUCGAAGACGAAAAAUACAUCAACUUUUGGGAUUUUUAUGUUUAAUAAUUGGACUAAGUUUUAUAUUUAAUAUACUUCCUAGUACUGAUUUUUUUCAAUCUUCCUUAUCAUCUAAAUCACAACAAACAGUAAUUAGUUCAAAGUCGGAAAACACUAAUAAUAAUAAUAAUAAUAAUAAUAAUAAUAAUAAUCCUCUAAGUACUAUUGAGCGAUCUACAAUGGCACUUGAAAAAUUGAAAGAAUUAUUAGCUAGUGUCAUGUCUUCUAACGAUCAACCAUGGAUUUGGAUACCAACAGAACAAUAUCCAUCUGUACCAUAUCAACCUACUUCACUUUUAAAUCAACAUAUUCCAAAACCUUUAUAUAAUAACACAGAUUUACCUAAAUCUGUUAAAAAUGAAGUCAAUCGUGUUUGUAAACGAUUAACUCAAGCUAAUGAAACCGGUGGAAAAAUUUGGUGUGAAUUAUUUAAAAAUUCUUAUACAGAUACACUUGCAACAACAACAACAAUACUUGAUGAUAAUACAACAUUUAUAAUAACUGGUGAUAUUGAUCUUAUGUGGUUACGUGACAGUAGUGCUCAAGUUCAUCAAUAUUUAACAUUAUGGAAUGAUUCAGAAAUUCAAAAGAUUAUUGAAGGUCUCAUUCGUCGUCAAAUUCAAUUUAUUUUUUCUAAUCCAUAUGGAAGUUCAUUUCGUUUAACUCUUCGUCCAAAUCCUCCAUCCGAUGAUUCUCUUGAACCAAUACAUACUCGAAAAGGUCGUAAUCUUCAUGUUGCUAUGCAUAAUUAUGAAUUAGAUAGUUUAUGUUAUCAUAUACGUUUAAGUUAUUCAUGGUGGAAACAAAGUCAACGAAUAAAUGUAUUUAAUCAUCAAUGGUUAACUGCUAUAUCAAUUAUAAUUCAAAUAAUGAUUAUUGAACAACAUCAUUCACAAAUAUCACCUUAUCGUUAUACAGAAUUAGAUAAUAAUCAUCAAGGUUCAACAGUUAAUUAUACAGGAAUGACUUGGAGUGCUUUUCGACCGAGUGAUGAUCAAACACGUUAUGGAUAUCUUAUACCAAGUAAUAUGAUGGCUUGUGUUGUUUUAGAACAAUUAAUUGAAAUGAUUAAAAAAAUAUUUCCUGAAAAAAUUCAACUUUUAAAACAAAUUUCUCAAUUACGUGAAGAUAUUCUUUCUGGUAUAAAUAAAUAUGGAACAGUUAACCAUGAAAAGUAUGGAAAAAUUUAUGCAUUUGAAACUGAUGGGUUUUUUCAAAAUUUACUUAUUGAUGAUGCUAAUAUACCAUCAUUACUUUCAGCAUCUUAUCUUGGUUUUAAAACAUCCUAUGAUCCAUUAAAUCAAUUAAUUCAAUCAACACGUCAAUUUGUUUUAUCAAAAUAUAAUCCACUUUUUUUUCAAGGAAAAUAUGCAUGGGGUAUAGGAAGUCAACAUACACAAAAAAAUUAUGUUUGGCCAAUGGCUAUUAUUAUGGAAGGAUUAACAAUUAGUAUUGACAAUAAUACAAUUAAAGAUUUAGAUUCUGUAUGGCAAAGAUUAGAAAUAAGUCAUGCUAAUACAUUUUCUAUGCAUGAAAGUUUUAAUAUUGAUAAUCCAAGAGAUUUUACUCGUAGAUGGUUUGCUUGGGUUGAUUCUCUUUUUGCUGAAUUAAUUUUAACUCAUUUAGAACAAUUGGAAGAUUGGUUACGUUAUCGACGAUCAAUUUAA